AUGCUCUCUGCUUCUCAUAAUACGGAGGAAGAUGUUACUCAACUACCUCAGGAAAGACACGGAAGGAAGACUAGACACUUUGGAAAGAGUACGAGGAUUAAAGCCUUGAUUAUGCAAUAUUGGAAUAUGAUCAUGUCGGUGCUGGGGAUGAUAUCGAUUGGAUUGAUAUGUUUUGGAGCCUUGUUGGUAGUUUUCGGAUGGAUUUGGAAGUAUCCGAGUGAAUUUAAUUUAAAAACAAGUUGCAAAGUUGUUAAAUUUGUGGAUUGUGUUCUGUUGGUCGAUAAAUUUCAUGAUUCAUCUUCGGAAUUUGCAAAUCCAUUCAGUAGUAAACAUUUCAAGAGAUCGGCGAUUCAUCAACAUUGUGCUGUUGAAGUAAUUGUUGAGAAUGAGAAUGCAACAAGAACAAGUAUUGAUAAAAUAGUGUAUGAUCCAAAUAGUACGGAGAAUAAGUAUGCGAUUGGUUCAAUUGUUGACUGCUACUUAUCACAAACCAAUAAUCAAUUUGUAUCAUUCAGGUCAACCAUAACGAGUGGAAAAAUUGCUUUUAGAACCAUUGGAUUUUUAAUCAUUUUACUUGGAUUGGUAUCUGGACUUUUUUGUAUCCUUGCCGUAACCUCGAUUAGGAAACAAUGUUUUGAAUUAAUUGGAUCAAUAUCAAAGAAGAUUACAUUCCGUCGAACCAAACGAUUGGAAGAUGAAGAACCUUUGAGAAAUGCCUCAAGAUCGAGUGCUGGUUCUUCUCAUCUCUAUGAAGAUGGUGAACGAGAAUAUUUCGAUUAUAUUGAAAAGGAUAGAAAAGUUCCACAAAAGAAUCAUUCUGAUGAAUUUGAUGAGGAUGAAGAAGAAUUAGUAGUUGUGUAA